AUGCUGGCCAGGAAGCGAAGAAGCAUUACGGGCAAGAGCGCCGUCAAACAUACGCCGGCAAUCAAACCAUCCAAAGCACGUAAGGUCAUCCGGCGCUACCACGUUCUCCUACAGAAACGGCGGGCAAUAUGCAAGCUCCUGGGAAUACCGGUGGCUGAGAAUGACGAAGUGCUGAACGAGCGGCAAAUAGCACGGUACGUGACAGACGCUGGACUGCAGGAACAGUACCGGCUGGGCGCGGACAUGGCGCACCCAGACGAGAAGGUCGAGCGCGAGCUGCUCAAAAUACAGAAGAUGCGCGAGUCGCCGCUGCUCGUGCAGAUGCUCGGCUACGUAAUGGCCGAGAUUAACGGGCCGCGUGGGCUACAGAACUACCAGGCGGCGAGCACUGUCGGGCAAACGGCCAGCCGCGGGGGAGACACCUCGCGUCAGCUGGUUCCGUGGCUGCGCGAAGCGGGCACGCCAGCGGACGCGCGAGCUCUCGAAAUCGGCGCGCUCAGCGCCGCAAACUGCAUAUCCACCUGCGGCCUCCUCCGCACGGUGGUCCGCAUCGAUCUUCACUCGAACGACUCGACUGCCAUUGAGGAGCAGGACUUCAUGCUCCGCCCCCUGCCACAGGCCGACGCCGAUGCCUUUGACCUCAUCUCCUGCUCCCUGGUGCUCAAUUUUGUGCCCACGCCGUUGGCGCGUGGCGAGAUGCUCCUGCGCUUCCGCUCCUUUCUGCGAGGGCCCCGGCCGCUGCUCUUCAUUGUGCUGCCGCUGCCCUGUAUGGAGAAUUCCCGCUACAUGAAUUCGGAGUACUUCUGCAACAUGAUGACUGCACUCGGAUACAAUUGCUUGUAUCAGCGCUCGGCCAAGAAGCUCAUCUACUUUCUAUUUGCUUCUCGGACAGGCAUGCCAGCACCAUACCCUCUGAAAUACACCCGGAAGCACCAGUUGGCCGAUGGCCCUGCCAUGAACAACUUCUCCAUAACCCUCCCAGCACUCUCUAGCCCUCGUAUAUAG